AUGACAGCUUAUGGUGGUGCAGACCAGGGAGCACCAGCUGGAGCAGAGCAGCCAAAGGAGCCAGUCGAGCCACCUGCUGACACUCAUCCACCUGCCCCUGCAGUGGCCCUUAGUGAGCCUCCACCAGAGAUUCCAUCCUCUGCCCCUCAGGCCACACCACAGCCUCCCCCUGUCAUUCCACCUCCAUCAGCACCAUCUCCUUCAGCUGAGCUAAGAGUAGCUAUUCCCAUCCUCGAGUAUAGAGGCCUUUCCCACACUUACCAGGCCCAGCACACUGCCAUCCUGAGGCAGAUCCAGCAUCAUCUCGGCAUUAUAUCAGCUCCUGAGCAUGCCAUUCCCAGCUCAUCAGAGCCAUCACAGGCCCCUCCUUUUGUUGAUCAGCCUAUGCCUCAUCAGGAGCCUCCUACAGGAGAGGCAGCUGAGCCAUCAUUUCCACAGCAUCAUCCACCCACCAUCUGA